AAUUGUCUCAAAGUGUGUUUUUGUGAGAUGGGACAUCGUUGUUGUAACAAACAGAAAAUCAAAAGAGGAUUAUGGUCUCCUGAAGAAGAUGAUAAGCUUGUUACUUAUAUUACUACUCAUGGACAUAAAAGUUGGAGUUCUGUUCCAAAGUUUGCAGGAUUACAGAGAUGUGGUAAGAGUUGCAGAUUAAGAUGGACAAACUAUUUGAGGCCAGAUCUAAAGAGAGGUUCCUUCACCGUAGAAGAAGAACAAAUCAUAAUUGAUAUACAUAGAAUUCUUGGAAACAGAUGGGCCCAAAUAGCAAAGCAUCUACCUGGUAGAACCGACAAUGAAGUGAAGAAUUUUUGGAACUCAUGCAUUAAAAAGAAACUCAUUUCUCAAGGCUUAGAUCCAAACACUCACAAUUUACUUUCUUCUUCUUCUCAUCAUAAGAGAAACAACUUAUCAUAUCAAAAUUCCAAUUCCAUUUUCAUCCUUAGUUCACAAAUGCCACUAAAUACUAAUAAUCUCAUUGAAACAACUCAAACUUUUGCUUCACUUCAAACUCCUUCCACAUUUUCUCCCUCUAACCAAUAUCAAACAUCUUUCAAUGUAAUAUCAAAUGAUCAACUUUAUGUUUCCGAGCAAGAACAACCUCGAUCAUUAACCGAGAACAUAUCGAACAUGUGUUCUACUUCUUGCAAUGAGAAUAGCAUUUGGGUUUCAAGAGAUGAUGAUUUUAGAGAUUCAACAUUUGAAGAAGGAAUUAAAGCUCAAGUUGAGAAAGAGAAGGAGAAGAUAUGUGAUGAGAAAGGAAUGAAGGACAAAGAAGUUAAUAAUGAGAAGGAAGAUAUCGAAAUGAAUAGUUGUUUUGAGAAUUCUAACUUUGAUUUUGGAUUGUUGGAGAGUGUACUUAACUCUGAAUUUAUAUCUCAUGAUCUAGAUUAUAUGGAUGAACUUGCAUGGAACUUUUAGACCAUGAUUUAAUUCUCAUGUUCAUAACAUUUAUGUACAUAUAUAUUAUCGGUGAGUUUCCUAUGUAUUAAUAAUAAGAGGGGUUAAAUAAA